GGAUGAAUCCCACGAGUACCGAAAUCAGCAAACAAACAAAUACUGAGAAGGCAACAGCUCCCGAAACGAAAGGAGCAGAGAGCAGCAGUCCUGAUCAAGAAACAGAGGAAGAUGAAACUUUGGAUGUAGACAAGGAGGCUCUGAAAUGGCUGUUAAACGAGAAAAACAGUGGACGCCGAGGUUCUUUCUACUCUGACGUGAUGACACCAAGCCAUUGCCGAAAGUAUCGCUGGAUCUACUUCCACAAUGAUGAUAUUGAAGAUUACGAUUGCGAAAAGUGUGGAAAGUGGUUGUUGUUCUUCGACCGUUUUGAAAGGAAUAAACACACCGGAUUGACCGCACAUGAUGAUGCAUGGCAGAAAAUAAUGACACUUGAUAGCUUUGAAAAUACUGGUGUCCUGAGCGCUAAGUGUUCGACAGCCCUUUUAGGGGAGCCUUACUCAAAAGACUCGGAUGGAGUCAUCUGUUGCUACUCUCCAGAUUACACGAACAAAGCCCAAAUAUUUAAAGCUGCUGUGGCAAUUCGAAAACUAGUUGAUUUUCCACAUGACAUGUACUUCAAAACAGAUGCAGCUACCCGUCUCAAUAAAUAUUCAUGGCAAAGGGACAAAAAUGUGACCCUUUAUAAACACACAACAAACAACAAACUGUAUGUAAAAGACUCCGUUGACAGCCAAUGGCAGCUGCUGUGGCGAUUCUAAAAUCAGUUGAUUCCCCACAUAAUAUAUUUUUCAAAACAGAUAUGGAAACCCAUCUCAAUAA